GUGAAGCAACAACUAACAGAGAGCUUUCACAGAGAUACAUGGGUUUCUCUCGGGGACACCCCAACCUGAAACCCCCUACCAUUCUUCACGGAUUCCUCAUACUUUUGUAGGAUUCUGAAGCAGAAAGGGGGGGCAAAUCUUUCGUUUUAAUUUUUGUAUCCUAGGGUUUUUCUUUCUCUCUUUGUUUUCAGCUUCUUCAUUCCUAUCUCGGACCGAUCCGACUCGGCAAUCCCCCGGUGAGUCCCUCGCGUAUCCUUCACACUGCGUUUUCCCUCUCAAUCUAAGCUUAACUGAACACCCAGUUUGACGAAGAAGUAGAUCACUCAAUACCCUUUUUUCCACUCGGCAGAUUACUAUACUAUAUACACCUAUAUAAGCUCGUUUACGCACUGAUAUUUAUACCUUCAUAUAGAAUCUAUAUAAUUGUCUUUUAUGUGAUGCGAUUGCCGUCGACGGCCCCAGCUUCGUCUUCAAAGCGGGGGAAUACGAAUCCGUCGGGUCCUCGGCUUCGGAAGAAGCACAAGAGGCUCGAUGCGAUAUGUGAAGAGGAGUAUAAUCGAAACCAUGGUGAAUCAAAUGAGGGCGACGGCGGGGAUGACCUUGCGGAGCUUAGACGGAGCUCACGGGUGCGCCGGGCUCCUAUUUUGCUCGACGUUUCACCGCCUCCGGUGAAGAAGAGAAGGAAGAUUGCGAGGAGUGUAAUGUUAGGUGGUGAGAAGAUUGCAAAGAGUUCUUCUCCCUGUGAGAGUGGGGAUUUAGGGGGUGAGGAGACGCCGGGUAGUUGGAAAUCAAGGUUGAGAUCGAGGGGGAAGAAUGUAAGUGUUGGGGUUCAGGAGGAGAGGGGCUCACCCAGUGGGAAACGCAAGCUUUUAUGGGAAACGAGUGGAAUUAGGGAGGAGGAGAAGGUGGUAGCGGGUGAAUUGGAUGAGAACAAAAGGGAUUUGGAGGCUGGGAAGUCCAUGGUUGUGAAGUCAAAGAGAACAGGUAGGACUAAAGGGACGAGAGAUUUGAGGGAAGGAGAGAUCAAGAAUGUGUUAAGUGGGAUGGAGGAGAAGAAUGAGAGGGAAGAAGUGGAGGUCAUUGGGGACAAGGAUGAGGAUGGUGACUCACUUUUGGAGUGUGAAAUGGGUGGUGAAAAUGAAAGGGAUAGGGUGGAUGUUAAUGGCCAAGAGUUAGUCGAGGAAGAGAAGAGAGGAGCGGUAAACGUUUCAAGGACAGAGGAGGGUUGUGUUGGCAAUGACAAUGUGGAAACUGUGGAGCUUGGUGAUAAGCAAGUGGAACGAUCAGAUUGUGGGGAGGAAGGAGAAAAUCCAAAUGAUGUUGGAAUUUCGACAUUCCAAGUGGAAGAUGAAGAUGGAGGGUCUCAUGAUGGGAAGGAUAUUGAUUUGGCUAAGGUUCAUGAUGGAAAGGAUGUUGAUUUGGCUAAGGUUGAUGACGGAAAGGAUGUUGAUUUGGCUAAGGUUCAUGACGGAAAGGAUGUUGAUUUGGCUAAGGUUCAUGAUGGGAAGGAUGUUGUUUUGGCUAGGGUUGGUAAUAAAACUGUGGAACACGAGAACACCAUGAAGGUGGAAAAGUCCAAAUGUACUUCAAGUGAUACACUCGGCAAGCCACGCAUUAAAGAGGGUAGACGGUGUGGUUUGUGUGGGGGAGGGACUGAUGGUAAACCACCGAAGAGGUUAAUCCAAGAUGCCGGUGACAGUGAAAAUGAGGCAUAUAGUGGCACUUCAGGUUCAGAGGAACCUAACUAUGACUUAUGGGAUGGUUUUGGUGAUGAACCUGGCUGGCUUGGCCGGCUCCUGGGUCCUAUAAACGAUCGCUAUGGUAUUGCUGGGAUAUGGGUUCAUCAACACUGUGCUGUAUGGAGCCCAGAGGUUUAUUUUGCUGGUUUGGGAUGCUUGAAGAACGUAAGAGCUGCGCUUUGCAGAGGAAGAGCUUUAAAGUGCACCCGCUGUGGGAGGCCGGGAGCAACUAUUGGAUGUCGUGUUGAUCGGUGUCCAAAAACAUACCACUUGCCUUGUGCGCGAGCAAAUGGUUGCAUCUUUGAUCAUCGCAAAUUUCUUAUUGCCUGCACAGAUCAUCGGCAUAUUUUUCAACCUCAAGGUAGCCAAUAUCUAGCACGGAUAAAGAAACUGAAGGCUAAGAAAUUGAAGUUGGAAAUGAGGAAGCUUUCAAAUGAUGCUUGGCGAAAGGAUAUUGAAACUGAAGAGAAAUGGUUAGAGAACUGCGGUGAGGAUGAAGAAUUUUUGAAGCGUGAGAGUAGGAGGCUUCACCGAGACUUAUUAAGGAUUGCACCUGUAUACAUUGGUGGCUCAGAAUCAGAAAGUGGAAAUUUAUUUCAGGGUUGGGAUUCUGUUGCUGGGCUUCAAGAUGUCAUACGAUGCAUGAAGGAAGUUGUCAUAUUACCUUUGCUAUAUCCUGAGUUUUUUAAUAAUCUGGGGCUUACACCUCCUAGAGGUGUCCUUUUGCAUGGGUAUCCUGGAACAGGUAAAACUCUAGUUGUUCGGGCACUGAUAGGUGCAUGUGCUCGUGGUGAUAAACGGAUAGCAUAUUUUGCUCGCAAAGGUGCAGAUUGCUUAGGAAAAUAUGUUGGCGAUGCAGAGCGUCAGCUGAGACUCUUGUUUCAGGUUGCCGAAAGAUGUCAACCUUCUAUCAUAUUCUUUGAUGAGAUAGAUGGGUUGGCACCCUGUCGCACAAGGCAGCAAGAUCAGACACAUAGUUCAGUUGUGUCAACAUUACUUGCUUUAUUGGAUGGGUUAAAGUCUCGAGGCUCAGUCAUAGUAAUAGGUGCAACGAAUCGUCCUGAUGCUGUUGAUCCGGCAUUAAGGCGACCUGGGAGAUUUGACCGGGAGAUUUAUUUUCCUCUGCCUUCAGUUCAGGACAGAGCUGCUAUCUUGUCGCUACACACUCAAAGGUGGCCAAAACCAAUUACAGGAUCCUUGCUCCAGUGGAUUGCGAAAAGAACUGCAGGUUUUGCUGGUGCUGAUCUACAGGCUCUCUGUACUCAAGCAGCCAUCAUUGCUUUGAAGAGAAAUUUCCCUUUGCAACGAAUUUUAUCUGCUGCUGCAGAGAAAGCUUCUGUUCAUAAGCGCCUUCCACUUCCUGCCUUUGAGGUGGAGGAGAGGGAUUGGCUGGAGGCCCUAUUGUCUUCUCCGCCUCCAUGCUCUCGUAGAGAAGCAGGAAUUGCUGCUAAUGAUGUAGUAUCUGCUCCUCUCCCCAGAUAUCUUAUCCCUUGUCUGCUGCAAUCAUUUUGCAGUUUGAUUGUUUCCCUUUAUCUCGAUGAACGCCUUGGGUUACCGCCUCCUAUCUCUAAAGCUGCAGCAAUGAUUAAAAGUGUAAUAGUUUUUGCUUUGGAUAAGAAGAACAUGUCUACUGAACGUUGGUGGUCCCAUCUUGAUGAUUUUCUGAAGGAAGCAGAUAUUGCGAAGGAUAUAGAGAGGAAGCUUUCAUAUUCCGGCAUUUUACUAGGAGAUGCUGACUCUGCUGGUUCUGAUGCUUUGAAUGAUGGUAGUGUUGAUAACGUGGUAAGCUUUGAACCUUCCAUUGAAUACCAUGGUGGCACCCGCACAAAUUUGUUCCCAAACAUGUCAUUUGCAUCUAGAAGCAAAGCAGGUUUCCGAAUAUUGAUUGCUGGAAGUCCCAGAUCUGGCCAGAGGCAUCUUGCAUCUUGUCUUCUCCACUGCUUUGUUGGGAAUGUUGAUAUUCAAAAGAUUGAUAUGGCUACAGUUUCACAAGAAGGACAUGGAGAUGUGGUGCAAGGGAUAACACAAUUAUUAAUGAAAUGUGCUAGUGCUGGGCCUUGUGUAGUAUUUAUGCCAAGAAUUGAUUUGUGGGCCAUGGGGAUAAAUCACCAAGUUCCUGAGGAGAGCGAUUCCUGCUCAAAGCAUCAUCAAUUUCCUGAUCUGGUUGUUCAAAAGGAAAGUGAGUCAGAUAAAAAGAAAUUCAAAUCAGCAGAGAUGACUGACCAACAAUGUGCUGGUCAAAGUGCUUCACAUGCCUGGAGCUCAUUCAUUGAACAGGCAGAAUCUCUAUGUGUAUCUACAUCUUUGAUGAUUCUGGCUACUUCAGAAGUUCCAUAUAUGGAACUUCCAGUUAAAAUAAGACAGUUCUUUAGGACUGAAUUAUCAAAUUGCAGUCAGUCAACUUCAGAGCACACAGUCCCUCGAUUUUCAGUCCAAAUUGAUGGGAAGUUCAACCGUGAUAUGGUGAUCAAUCUUUCUGUGGCAGAAUUAUCCAAGGAUAUAGUCCAACAGCUUGUUCAGUUGAUUCAUAAAAAGUCUCACAUCCAUGCCAGUUCAUGCAAGGAGUACAUAGAUUGUGAUUCCAUUGAAGGCCGCACAGAUACAAUAAAUAUCAGCUCUGAUCAUGGAUUAGCCAAUGAAUGCAAGCAUAAAACAUACUAUCCUGAUGAGUCUUUUAUAAAAGUUCCACAGCCACCCAAUAAUAGAACCGUGAAGGGGAAACCAAGCUUGCUCUUUGCAACAUCUACUUUCGGCUAUCAAAUUCUGCGAUAUCCUCAUUUUGCUGAACUUUGUUGGGUCACAUCAAAGCUGAAAGAGGGUCCCUCUGCUGACAUAAUUGGGCCUUGGAAGGGCUGGCCAUUCAAUUCCUGUAUUAUUCGUCCAAAUAAUUCAUUAGAAAAGGUGGCUGUUGCUUGUAGUGCCAGCAAUAUUAGAAGCAAAGAAAAGUCUGGGUUGGUUAGAGGCCUCAUUGCUGUUGGUUUAUUGGCAUAUAGAGGUGUCUACUCAUCACCUAGAGAAGUCUCAAUUGAGGUACGCAAGGUUCUUGAGUUUCUAGUUGGACAGAUCAAUGAAAAGGUUCAAGCUGGAAAAGAUCGAUAUCAAUAUGUUCGUCUUUUGUCACAAGUAGCUUAUCUGGAAGAUAUGGUUAACAGCUGGGUGUACUCACUGCAGAGUUUAGAGCUGGACACUCCAACUAUGGCAAACCCUAGCCUGACUAGUAAGGAAUUUUUAGAUAAUCAGAAUGCACGUGUGGAUAAUGAAGUUCAAAGUGAAGAAUGCAGGCCAAGUGUUUGUGGUGAUAGCUGCCAUGUGCCUGAAGUGCUGGUGGAAAGUACUAUGGGAAUUGCUGCUGUAGACAUUGAACAUCUUGACCUGAACCCAGGAAAUGGUGAUUCAAGUUAUCCUUGCUCUGGUAAUAGAGUUGCAAUUUCUGAAGAAGGCUCUCCACAGCAAAUUGUCACCUUGGGCCAUUCCACAAUGGAUAAACUUCACAAUUCACCUGCUGUAAGUCAUUUGGUUGGUGCGAUUUUGAAUGAGGAGAAUGGGAUGAAAUCUGGACUUUGCGGGUUGGAAAAUAGUGAAAAUCUUGCAGUGGUGAGCCGCAAGUCUGGGUCAUCAAAACAUUCCAACGGAUUUGCGUCCACAGAAUCUGUUGGCCUUUCUGAGAAUGGUCUUGGUAGUUCUAGUGAAUUGGGUAAUGUUAAGUCAUCCAACGCCAAAGAAGUCUGCAACCAGGUAAAUAAUGUGUCCUCAAUAAAGACUGGCGUUAUGGCCAGUGAUGGUAAGCCAGACACUGAUGAGCACAUUAUAGGUAACAGCUUCUCUUCUAGCAACAACAGCAUUUCUGCCAAGGGGGUUGUUUGUUUUUAUCAAUGUUGUGCUGAAUGCCUAUACAACCUCCAUGGUUUGACGCAGAAAAUCCUUAUUCAUGAGUGGGGAUUGAACGGGAGUCAUUGGACGGUAGAGGAUGUACAUGAUGUUGUCGCAUCAUUAUCGGUGCAUCUUCUUUCAGCAAUUACAAAAAUUUAUGUUGCUGCUGAAGAUUUCAGCAAUUCAUGUGAUGAGAGCCUGAAAGGCAAAAAGUAUGUUGAAUGUCCAGAAAUUAGAGCAUGUCAUUGCAAAAAGUCGGGAAAUAGAGUUGUGAUGCCGGUGGAAUGUAGUUGUCACAACAUAAGCCAAAGUUGCACUGCAAAAGAAAACACCUCCCGGAAUACCCGACUCAUGCUUGAUUCAAAAUUUCUUUUCAGAGAUGGUGUACUGGUUCAUGUAGAUCCUGACAAGGAUGUUUCUUUUCACUGUAAAUAUGAGACUCUGUGCCUCUGUUCUCUUAUAGAGUUUAUAGCAAUGACCAAGCUGCCUUUUGAUUGACUUGAUGUGUUUUCAACAUGGAUUGCUCUGCCAUCGCAGUGAUUUUCUGCUGCUACGGGAUUUAGGUGUGAAACAAUUUUCAAGAGAGAAAAAAAAAAAAAGAAACCCAAUUUUGUCUACUGCCUUCCUGAAGCUCCUUGUUGUUCUGUCUUUGAAAAGCAACAAUACAAGGGCAUUUCUUCCUCUCCCCCACAAAUAUCUUAUGAAAGUAUAUUUUAACACUCCCUUGUAGGAGCUAAUCUUAUACCACCCUGUACGUGUAUAAUUUUCGGGUUAUCCUUUCAUGACUAUUAGGUUAUGCUAUCAAUAACUGUACAUUCUCUUAUGUGGUGAUACUUACUGUUGAUUUUUUCAAUUAGUGCUAUUAAUAACUGUAGUUUUAGUAGUAUUUGAAAUAGAUUAUGAGUAAGCAAUUCAUUGGAA